CUCCAGUUUACGGUUACUUCUGAACAAUCAUAUCCACCUCCUGAUUAUUAUUUUGAGUCUCUGUCACUCUCCGCCUCUGGCCGACUGUUAUUCGAGCGAUGAGCAUUGGCUCAUCCAAUGGCUAUAUUGCCGGGAUCUAUGGCCAUGGAGCAAAGCGAGCAACGCAAUAUCCACCCAUUUUUUCGAAAAGAUAUACCUACAAAUCUACCUCCGCAUAACCUCUCCCACAAUGCCUCGAUAUAUGAAAGUGAACCAUCCGUGAAACCCCAAUCCUCCGCCGGCAAUCAUGUUUCUCAGACGAUGAAUCCUCAAUUGACCGAUUCCCAAAACGCAUCGCCCAUGCUUGAGCACGACCCCAAUUUAGAUAGGAGGAAGAGGCGCAAAACGGACAAGUCAAACAAUAAGGGUGGGCAAAAUGGAUCGAUCGCGAGCUUUAUGGGAUGCAAGCAAACAGACGGCGCUUUCGAAAAUGAGAACAAUCUGGUGGAUAGAAUUCCUGCACAAGAGAAAACACAACCAACUCCAGCAUCUGAAUCUCAGGUUGCUUCCGCCGCGGACGAAUCUACUCUAAACGCCCAGGACAACUCCAGUCGAUACGGACAACCAGAACAAUACCCAAGCUUAUCUACUACGCAUUCGGCCGACUCUACGCCUACAAAUGAAUCGACGCAACGAAGAUCUACAAGACAAAAAACAGUCAAGUUAUUUCCGAAUGGAAAGCUGCUGAGUUCUCCGGGGCCUGAAACAAUCGACGAGACGCCCAGGAAGAAAAAGCCCAGCAAGCGGGGCAAGACGAAUGACCAGAAAGAUGGCGGGAAGAAAGGGUUGCUUGUCAUAAGGUAUGGUAAUGAUGAUGAAAAUAGGAAACGCCUUGGCGUCUUGGUCGACGAUAUCAUCAGUGGCCGGAAAAGACACGGCGCUCCAAGCGUGGUCCCUGCCCGAGUACCGGCUCCAAAGAAAAAGAUGCCAUCGAAACCGACGCAUCCGUUCUUUAUGAAAAAGUCUACUCAAUCAGAUACAAUGCCAACUUCAUUGUCUGGCCAUAGCUCGGAACAGGGUGAUACAACACCAAGUGAACACUCGGCUUCGAUUCCAGAUAGGAAUAGGCCAGGCAUUAAACCGACAUCAUUCGCCAGCUUCAAACCCAAGCCUAAAUUUCCCGAAGCUAUUCAGCCAGUAUGGCCUCCACGAGAUUUCACGCAUAUCCGCGGUAUCGAUACAAAGGCUGUGCGGACCCCGAAGCCUUCCUUGAACAUACACUUGAAGAAAGCGAAAAUGGCAGCUAUUUCUAUCCAUGACAAGGAAAAUGUCCUUUCACCUGAAGUCCAAGGCUAUCACCAUGACACUGCAUCAGUACUACGAACCCCAGGCAGAGCCGUCGCCAGUGGAACUACUCUGCAAAAGGCAGUGACCAGAGAGCUUUCUCCGCCAUGCCUGUCCGGACCGAACAAAGACUCUCUAAGCAACAACUGCCAUCCUGCCAUCCGAAAGUUGCAUUCCUCCCUUAGGUCCUCGAUGACAGCCUUUGACCGUGGGCAAUACGAUACGCUUCUAUGGGCUCACAAAUAUGCCCCCAACACGGCGGACGAUGUUCUUCAGCCUGCUCGUGAAGCAUCUACGCUACGCGAUUGGUUGAAGUACCUCAUGGUUUCAGCUGUCGAUACUGGUAAACCUUCUAAAGAUGCCGAAAAAGCCAAACAAAAGUUGGACGAGAAAAAACGGAAGAAGCGCAAGUCAGAUAAGCUAGACGGGUUCAUUGUUUCAAGCGAAGAUGAGGCCUUUGAACUGGGUGAGAUCAGUGGCUCUGACGAUGAACUUGCCGGUGAUGUGACCGUUUCAUCUAAAAAGUCUCUAGUAAGGUCGGCAGACUUGGCUGGUGGUUCUUCCAAAUCCAAGGUUGAUAAACCACGAGUUUCGAAUGCAAUCCUGCUCAGUGGUCCUUCUGGGUGUGGAAAGACUGCAUCUGUCUAUGCGGUGGCUAAGGAGCUUGACUUCGAGGUCUUUGAGAUAACGCCGGGCAACCGGCGCAGCGCUAAAGACAUCCUGGACCGCGUUGGUGACAUGACACGAAAUCAUCUUGUGCAACACGCCAACUCUGGUGAACAGCGCUCAAAUAGUCAACCUCCUGAAAGUGAGCCUCCAGAUCUAGGGCCGGAAGAUACUAAACAGAACAAACUAGUAGGCUUCUUCAAGUCAGUUCCAGCCAAAGCUCCGAAGAAAAAGGCAAAGUCUCCAGAAAAGGAGUCUGAAAGAGAAUCUAGCCAGAAGUCUCCUCGUCAUCAGAAGCAGUCUUUGAUUCUUCUGGAGGAAGCAGACAUUCUGUUCGACGAGGACAGGCAAUUCUGGUCUGGUGUGGUCUCCCUCAUUCAGCAAUCAAGACGCCCAAUCAUCAUAACCUGCAAUGAUGAAAAGCUUAUUCCUGUCGACGACAUCUCCUUCCACGCCAUCCUCCGAUACCGAGCUCCUCCCCAACACAUCGUUGUAGACUAUCUACUACUGAUGGCUGCCAACGAAGGCCACAUGAUAAAGCGAGAAGCUAUCGAUAACCUCUACACUGUUGCAGGCAAAGAUCUUCGUCGGUCGAUCAUGGAGCUUGAUUUCUGGUGUCAAAUGGCGGUAGGCAGCGAAAAGUCUGGCCUGGACUGGUUAGUCGACAGGUGGCCUCCAGGGGUGGAUCUCGACGAAGAUGGUGAUCCAGUGCGGGUGCUCAGUUUAAACACAUAUGAACAAUUCAUGGGUUGGUUUAGUCGGGACAUGUUAAUGAGCACCAGCUCAGACCAUAUGGUUGAGCCACAACAGGAGUCCCUGGAUUGGUGGCAACUGAGCCUUCAGGAUAGUGAGUGGCUAUCAGGCUUGGGCAAGCACUCGCCUCAGUCUGCUCCCUCUCAAUCCAACCAGGAACGACUUAAUCAACUGCGACAUCAAGACGACCUCUUCGACUGGAGAAGUGACCUCGAUAUCCUAGGCUCUGGUUGUUCUCUUGAUCACCGCCUGGAUCCUGUUGAUACCUUUGUGCCUCAGCUUUCUGAGAAACAGAGGACAAACUACAUAGAAGGCCACCAACUGCUAACUGCCGAUCUCGCUCCCGAUUACUCCUCACUUUCAAAAGCCAUUGGGAGCACCUUCGGAGUUCUUCUGGACAAAGUCUCCCGACCAAACCAUCAAACUAAUAUCGAGGCUUCGCAAUCCACCAAAGUAUUGGCAAAUAUUACCAGACCUAAAACGCCAGGUCCCACGCCCGCUGACUUUCUCAGGGCCUUCGAGCCCGUCAUGCGAGCUGACUACGUAUUCCCUAUUCCGACGGGGCGAUUAUCCCCGUCAUUCGAGAACGGAAUCGGCCCGAUCGCGGAGGAUUUAGGGCCCUACAUCAGAGCCAUCAUGGCUUUUGAUCUCAGACUCGAACAGUACCGAUUGCAGUUAAGCGGGCUACUCUCUCAACAGAGACAAGGAACGAAGAGAGUGCGAAAGACGAGGGCGAGUCGGGCGGCCCUCGAAGGGGGUAGCAAAUCCGAAACUCGAAAGGAACGGUGGUUUCCUACGGACACCAAUCCUGCUCUCAUUCUCGCCACCGGUAAACCACAGUGGCAGGAUCUCCUUGUCCAGAAUGGAUAUUUCACUAUAACAUCCGUCGAGGAUGUCCGUCAAGAGGCAAGCGAGCCCGCUGUCGAGAGCUCGAGCGAAGGAGGCAUAUAAUGUAAACUAGAUGUAUAGAUACCCCCGUCCGGGCUGGGUUUGGAGUUCUUGCAAUAUGAAUGAAAUGUAUACCAUGUGAUUUGAAAGAUACACUGCGUGUUAAUAGGAAUCCCUCUGUACCUAUACUUCAGCAAUCACAUGGGCUGGUAAACACGAUAUCGUCAUAGCUGUCCAAUAGUAGUCUAGCGUGGUCCACCGCCCGCCCCCAAGGAAGUCGUCCGU